AUGAAAUUAGGAACACUUUUGAGGCACUUCAAUUAAUAAGAUGAAUAGUAAGUUGGAUUUAUAUCACUAGAGCAGGUUGAUAAAAUAUUAAAUAAUAUUUAUGAAUGCAAUAAGGAAUGUAAAUAAUUUCCAAUUACCUUAGACUAAAUUUACUUUGAUAAUCUCUUGCUCAAAGGUGCUAAAGAGUUUACAAUUGAAGAUAUUAUUAUGAUAAUAACAGAAAUAGAUUAUUAUGAAGAACUUAGACAAUUAGUGAUGCAAUAAUAACAAGAAUAAAAUUUAAAUUAAAUCUAAAGUGAAAUGCUGAUAGCUUAAAUAGAAGGGAGUUAACGAGAUAAAAGAAGAGUUGAUUAUUUAAAUAAUCCUUACAUUAAUAAUUUGAUUACAAUGCUUAAAGAUUAUUAUAAAAUUUGUUGUAAGAAUGGUGAUGUUAAAGAAAUGCAUAGAAUAGAAAACAGAAUAUAGGAAAUAAAGGUAAAGUAGUAAAAGAGAUGGAAAAAUUACAUUACCUAAUUGCAAAAAUAUUAAGAAACUUUGGUUUAAAAAACAGCUUUUGAACAUUAAUAUCAUUAAUAAAAAAAGUGGAAUGAGUUUGUUAUUGAUUUUCAGAAUAGUAGAUUUUAUAAAUUUAAUAUGCUUCUAGUAAGAAUUUAUAUAUGCUUUAAGGAACAACAAAAAAAAACCAUUUAGGAGAUGAGCAAAUAAUUUUAAGAAGAGCUUUAACCAAAAGUUUUUAAAGUCUCUAAAAAAGUUCUCGAUAUGAGGUCAAAACAAAAAUAGCUUUUAAAAUUAAAGGAAUUUUCUUAAGCUGAAAAAGUGAAGGAAGAAGCUGAUAUGCUUGAAUACCUAGAAAAGAAAUAGCAAGAGAUGAUUUUAAAAUCUAAAGUGAAAAGGAAGUUAAAAGUUUUAAAAAAAAGAUAAUCAUGUCAGAUAUCAGCAUUUAUGUAAAAAGUAGCAAGUGAAUAAGCCACUCAUCUUUUGCAAAAAUAAGCGAAUGAGAAUAGAUGGGUUAAUAUAAAUAAGCAUUGUGUAUAAGAUAUUAAUGAAAGAUUUAACAAAGAUAGAAUCAUAACAUUGGCUUCAAGAAGAUCUUUUGAUGCUUGCAGACUAAGAACAAAAAGUGCCAAUCCGUAAGCUGCUAGAACUAACAUAUCUCAUCAACUGACUUCACAAUUUGAAUGA